AUGCCUUCAGUGACUUCAGUUAGCUUGGAGCAGUUCCACUUGGAGCCCUGGGUGUGGAGCCUCCCGCGGGUGCGCCAGUACUCUGCCUUCUUCGAGGAUGGGUACCAGGCCAACUCCUCGCAGCGUGUGAGGCAGGAUGAGCAGCUGGAGAAGCAAUCCGGCGGGGAGGAAGCCGCCGUGCCGGAAGAGAAACCGCAGUCCAACGUCCCUGACCCUGUGUCAGAUGAGAGUGACGCUCCAUCCUACACGCAAGAGGAGAAGCUCUUAAAGAAGUUGCACCAAGAUGAGGAGCAGGUGGUUCAGAUGGUUGUUGCUCAGAAAGCAGCGGCAAAACACGAUGCCCGAGCUCAAGCUGCGCGUGCUGCGCAGGCUGCUCGGGCCAAGCACGCUUCACAAGCUUUGCAAGCUGUGCAGGGAGUUCACCUGCGUCUUCCCAUGCACGAAGUCCGCUGCCGCAGGAGAAAGAGCGCCUUGUCGUGUCAGGAUUUGAAAGCCGAAUGUGCCUGGAGUGGAGACGAAAACAACGGCAUAUGCCACCACAAGAAGCCGGAGGAGUGGCCAGGCGGCUGGGACUUCCUCUUCGGGAUGGGCGAGGUGGCGCUUCUUGAAGCGACUGUCGCCACCACGGCGGUGGUGACGCGGCUUCGUGGCAGAGAGAUUCUUCGGCACUUCGUGGAGCGCCCCUCGUACUCUUUGCGAGCAUCCAUGUGGUUCUAUCCCACAGCUGCCAUGUAUUUUGCGACUGGACUCUUCUACUACACGCGCACUCAGGGCUGGAAUCCCUUCGAUACCAUCUACUUUCUGACGUCCAUCGUGUCGACUGUCGGCGCCAGCGACCUCAGUCCAGCCCAUCCCAUGCCCAAGGUCUUCACGAUUUGUCACGUGCUGAUGGGCCUGGUGCUCAUCGGGGGCGCUGUGGGGGAUGAGUUGGACCGGAUCCUCGAGGCCCGUGUGGCUCGCAUGGCCGACGCCGUAGCGCGAGGAGCCGACUUCCAGGACUUGCUGCCCAUCCUGUGGCGGGUGGCCAGUGAAGCGAGGGAAGCUGCAGGCCGGGAGGGCUUGGAGACCAUCGUGGAGCGCCUGGAAGACCUCCGCCUGUCGCUAGACCGGCCGCUGACCACGGAGCUGCGGUGGCUGCGGGACCUGCGUGGGGGCGAGGUGGUGUUUGCUGAGCUCACGGGCUCCGGGGCGCUGAUCCCAUGGCCGGAGCGGGGGGCGCGGCUCUGGGCAGGCAGCGGACGGCGGCUGCGGGCCAUGCUGCCGCUGCUGCGCUACGUGCGGGCCAACCCCAGCGCCGGCAUGCCCAGCUACGACGUGGACCCCGGUGUGGUCAUCGUCUCGGGAACGCUUUUCUUCGGAGUUGCAGACAACUGGCUACGAG